CUCAGCGUCUCCUUUAGUCUCCGUCGCUCCGCGAUCUUUCUUUGUCCUCUCUGGCUGAUCUCCGCUCAUGAUGUACUCGUUGACCUCAUAAGAGCCCAUCUGAGCUUGAGUGUCGCGACCGACCUUCUCUUGGCCAAUCUGAACAGGCCGGCCACUACUUGGAGGUGAGUCGUUUCCUCAUCCGGCCCAUCGCAAGUCACCCCAAGCUCACCUCACUCGAAGAAAAAGGUGGCUUUGCCCAUAUUCACGGCCGAACCAUCAGAGCUCGCCUUUCCGCGGUUACCGACUACUUUGUUCGGAUACCUUGCUCAAGUUGUGCCGCGCCAACGGAAGCGUCUUGACUCCAGCCCGACACACCCGUCCGACUGGAUUCAAGAAAACGAGUGUUAAACAUAGUACGCGCCGUACAAGCGAGCUGCAACUACCCGACGACAACACGCUUUAUCUGCACGAUCCCGCCUCCCUCACCGCGGCGUGGACCUCUUCUACCCAGCUGAAGUUGCGGUUUUCGGUCGGCUCCUUGCCCGCCUGCGUUUGCUUCUACCGCUCGUGUAUCGUCGAUUCAGCGCACAUUCCUUAAACACGAUGGAAGACUACAGUUAUCUUGUCAAGAUGGCGGAGCCUGGUGAUGAAAAUUACUGGGCCCCCAAAGACAUUGUUUACACUUCCAUCGUCGGAUUGGUGAUGUUGGCAGCCAUCCUCGAAUGGUUCCUAUGGAUUGCUGCAUUCCUGUACUGCCUAUGGAAGGUCUUCGUCAAGGCCGAGCACUGGUCGAUUCGAGUAUUGGCAGUUAUUGUUGGCAUAUUGUUCACUUGUUUUAGAGCAAUUUUCCUCCCAAUCAUGAUCGUCACUCUGCCUCUGCCCAGUGCUGUCGUAAAGUACUGGCCAACCAACAUGGUCGAUGUGCUUCAGUGGUUCGCUUUCUGGAGUUUUGCUGGUCUUCUGACCAUCCCAUGGCUAUUCUGCGUCUAUCAGCUUGUUACCAACCAGCUCGGACGAACGAAGAGAAUCAAGCAGGUUCUGGAUGAAGUCUCGGCACCAAAGGUCGUUAUUGUCAUGCCCGUUUACAAGGAGGACCCCGAUGUUCUCGUUGUUGCCAUCAACUCCGUUGUCGAUUGCGACUACCCGCCCUCGUGCAUUCACGUCUUCCUCUCGUUCGACGGUGAUCAGGAAGACGAACUCUACCUGAACACUCUCGAGAAGCUGGGUGUCCCGCUGACGUUGGAGACAUACCCCAAGAGUAUCGACGUCUCAUACAAAUCCGCCCGCAUCACCGUCUCCAGAUUUCCCCACGGCGGCAAGCGUCAUUGCCAGAAGGCUACCUUUAAACUCAUCGACAAGGUUUACGAGCAUUACCUCAAGAGAAACGACAACCUCUUCAUUCUUUUCAUCGAUUCCGACUGUAUUCUGGACCCUACCUGCCUGCAGAACUUCGUCUUCGAUAUGGAAAUGAGCCCUGGUAACCCCAGAGACAUGUUGGCCAUGACCGGUGUUAUCACGUCUACGACUAAGAAGCAUAGCCUGAUUACACUGCUCCAAGACAUGGAGUAUAUUCAUGGCCAACUUUUCGAGCGAACUGUCGAGUCCGGAUGUGGCGCUGUCACUUGUCUUCCCGGUGCUUUGACGAUGCUUCGAUUCUCUGCUUUCCGCCGCAUGGCCAAGUACUAUUUUGCCGAUAAAGCUGAGCAGUGCGAGGAUCUUUUCGACUUCGCCAAGUGCCAUCUAGGCGAGGACCGCUGGCUGACGCAUUUGUUCAUGAUCGGAGCCAAGAAGCGAUAUCAGAUUCAGAUGUGUACCUCCGCCUUCUGCAAGACCGAGGCUGUCCAGACCUACAGAUCCCUUAUCAAGCAGCGUAGACGUUGGUUCCUGGGUUUCCUGUCCAACGAAGUCUGCAUGCUUACUGAUUGGCGUCUCUGGAAGCGUUACCCUAUUCUGGUUCUUGUUCGAUUCAUGCAAAACACCAUUCGAACCACGGCUCUUUUGUUCUUCAUCAUGGUUCUCGCCAUCAUCACCACCUCCAAGAAGGUUGACAACUUGCCGGUCGGUUUCAUUGCAAUUUCUCUCGGACUCAACUGGCUCAUGAUGUUGUACUUUGGUGCCAAGCUCCGUCGAUUCAAGAUCUGGCUGUACCCGAUCAUGUUCAUCUUGAACCCCUUCUUCAACUGGUUUUACAUGGUUUACGGUAUCUUCACGGCUGGUCAGAGAACAUGGGGAGGCCCGAGAGCUGAUGCCGCCACCGCCGACACUGAGACUACUGCUCAAGAGGCCAUUGAACAAGCCAAGGAAGGUGGAGACGAGCUCAACAUCGUGCCCGAAACGUUUAUUCCUGCCGCCGAGGCCCGGAAGGAGAGCAUCGCUGGCGGCAAAGGCAACAUGGGCCCUAUGGGCCGCAAGCACAGUGUCGUCCAGCCGCCAUCGCAAAUCGAGGGACGUUUCGCUGCCAGAAAGAAGUCUGCUGCUGGAUUCUAUGUCAACGCCGACGACUCUCAAGUCACCGUCAACCGAUCCGGUCCUAGUGGUUUCGGUCCGGCAUGGGCUUUGCAGUCACGCGACUCAUUCGAUAGUAUGGUGUCGUCGCAGACCGCUGGCAACUCGGUCUACAUGCCCCGUCGUGUGGAGAGUAUCAUGGGUGAGGAGGAUCGCAAGAAGUACGAACUUGCACAGCAAAGCCAGUUCAACCAGUUUUUGUCCAACUCUAAGCGAUUUGGAGCUCAGACUACAACCACUGGCCAGGUUUACGAAUAUUCCGAUGCUGAGAUGAAGAGAGGAGGAUUCCAAGACGUCCCGGAUCCGAUGGACAGAGGCCAGGAGUACACCGACAAUGUCCGGAUGGGCUCAGUUGACAACAACUUUUCGGGUCGGCCACAGUCUGGAGAAGGCCUGCCACGGCAAGGGAUGAACGCAACACACUCGGCUAGAGGCGGUCGUAGCCCUCUUGCGAGAGCCAGCUUGGUCCGCACGAUCCCUCUGGAAGAUGUCCAGUCUGAGGGCGAAAGCUCAAGCGGAGGCCAUGACAGCCGCGAUCACUCACCCAAGAGAAGACAGUAGUGGAGCGUUGGGGGCGAAGCAACGACGUUGUGCGAUAGAAUGGAUAAAUUUGCAUAUCAUGGCGUUGAAGGGCUUUCAAUAAAGAAGCAGGAGAAGGUCAAGACGUCCGGCAACACUGGGUUCGAGUAUUUUCUUUAAUUCUUUUCUCAUUUCUUUUGUAAAACCCAUGGGUUGAUAGCGCAAGAGCUGUAGGUGCAACGCCUAGCAAGGCGGGUAUUGGAAAGCCCAUUUGACCAGAAAGCUAUUAGCAAUAUUUACAUAAUGCAAUGCAUUUUGGAGGCAUCCGUACUCUUGCAACCUGACGAUAUGGUGCAAUGGGCUGUUGUGGUUAAAAAUGACAGGACCAAGUGACCGGGUCUGUGGACGGUUGGAAGCUGUGAAGUAAUCUUAAUCAAGGACAAGAUGUCGAGCGUCGGGGAAGGAGAUGCAUUUGGUAAUCAUCGCGGCAUGGACAUGAUCCAUUACCCAAUAGAGGGGUAUCGCCAAGAUAAGAUUAGAUAACUUCAAGUGGACUCGGAACCGUAUCGUACUUGGCAACAACCUGCAGAAGCAGCAUGUUGUCUGGUCGCAUGCUUUACAAAACAGACUCGUAGGAGCAGCCUGACAUUGACGGGCCUCGUGACCAACGAUGAUGUCCAAGGUGCUCCAUAUCUAGGUAUUGCAUCACGGCUGAGCACAGAUGUUUGGACAAAAUAAAACAAACGAGCAAGGAUGACAGGCAUAUUGUCGUUGUCGACGAACAGGGAUGGCUUUGGACAAAGGCACGAAGG